AUGAAGAGUCCUGAUCGACCUAAACCAUAUUUUCGAUUCUCUUCUUCUCCCUAUUCGUUCCCUUUUACCCUCAAUCCAACGAUUCAGAAUCCGCAACAGCUCGGCUACGUUCCGGUUAAACAACAACACGACCCGAAGCAAAUGAUCUCGUUUAGUCCUCAACAUCCACCAAUUUUAAACACGGAUAGAGGAGGAGCUUUGGUACAGGAUCAGCAGAAGCAGUAUAUGGUAAAGUAUUGGAGCGAUGGUGGUUUGAGAGAGGACGGGAUGGCGGAAGCAUGGUUCAAUGCGGUAACAGCUGGAUGGGGUCCUGAAAGUCCUCUUUGGGAUGAUUUUGCAGAAAACUAA